UAUGUGCACGUCACAAAACUUGGAGGAAACCCAUUAACCCUCCUAUUUUGUUCUACAAAGUUAUAAAACUGCAAUUAGGAGGCAUCCUGAGAAGCUCUGACGGCUCAUUCCGUUCCUUUUGGAGCUGCCAUAUUCAUAUGUCGGAGGGAAAAAAAAUCAUCAUAUAGUCUCCUUUCAUAUUGUUUAAAUUACAGGAAGAAGCCGCUUUAAGAAAAAGAUUGAACCAAAAUGACAACUGCUCCAUUUGACUGUCAAUACUGCACCACAUCACUUCUUGGGAAGAAGUAUGUACUAAAGGAUGACAAUCCAUACUGCGUUUCAUGUUAUGAUCGUGCCUUUUGUAACUUUUGUGAGGAGUGCAAAGGAGCAAUUGAAUCAGAUUCCAUGGAUCUUUUUUACAAAGGCAGGCACUGGCAUAAAGGAUGCUUCAAUUGCACCAAAUGCAAUCAAUCUUUGGUGGAAAAGCCUUUUGUUACCAAGUAUGAACGCCUGCUGUGCUCUGAGUGCUAUUCUAAUGAGUGCUCCUCCAAGUGUUUCCACUGCAAGAAGACCAUCAUGCCUGGUUCCCGCAAAAUGGAAUUUAAGGGAAACUACUGGCAUGAAACCUGCUUUGUGUGUGAGCAUUGCCGGCAGCCAAUAGGAACUAAACCUUUGAUUUCCAAAGAGAGUGGCUAUUAUUGUGUGCCAUGUUUUCAGAAGGAGUUUGCUCACUACUGCAGCUUUUGUAAGAAGGUGAUAACUUCAGGUGAGAUAACAUUUCGUGAUGAGCCAUGGCAUAAAGAGUGUUUUCUGUGUAGUGGCUGUAGAAAAGAGCUCUGUGAAGAAGAGUUUAUGUCCAAAGAUGACUAUCCAUUCUGCUUGGACUGCUACAACCAUCUUUAUGCCAAAAGGUGUUCAGCCUGCACCAAACCCAUUACUGGUCUCAGAGGUGCCAAAUUCAUCUGCUUUCAAGACCGCCAGUGGCACAGCGAGUGUUUUAACUGUGGGAAGUGCUCAGUCUCCUUGGUGGGGGAAGGCUUCCUGACCCAGAACGAGGAAAUCUUCUGCCGCAAAUGUGGCUCUGGGGUGAAGACUGACAUCUAGAAGGAGAUAGCCCUCCCCCACCUAAAAUCCACCUUGUUCUUGUUCUCACUAAAUCCAGAACU